GUCUGUUCUCAGACUGGAGGAGAGUUCUGUAAAAGGAGCUCAAUACAUGAACUUUUUUUUAUUAAUAACCUGACGUUUUAGACAGCACUGGGGACAUUCACAGAUUUAACCUGUGUCCAUUAUAAUUUUAAACAUGGAGUUUAUAGACUUACUAUACGAAUUGGAUUCCAAUUUGGACACAACAGAUGUGGAGGCUAUGAAAUAUCUCUGCACUGGCCUUCUGCCUGCCAAGAAAUUGGCUAUUAUGACUUCAGGUCAAGAACUCUUUGAGGCACUGAUGAACAUUGAUCUCCUAAAUGAAGAUGAUCCAUUUCUAGUGGCUGAACUGCUGUACCUCAUUGGACAUCAUAGUCUCCUCAAAAAAUUGAACACUACCAAAGAACAUGUGAAAGAUAUGCUCCAAAGAGGCGGGAAGAUCUCUGAUUAUAGACGUAUGCUGUUUGAAAUCUCAGAAAACAUUACCAAACAGGACCACAAAGAGAUUAUCUUUCUCCUGAAGCUCACUAAAAAGCAAAAGGAAUGCAAGUCAUUCCUUGAUCUUCUGAGCUAUUUGGAGAAAAUGGAAACUAUCACUAAAGAUGAUCUUACCGCUCUUGAAAAUGCCCUUAGCAAAGUUUCUCCAGAUUCGCUGAAAAUAAUUGGAAGAUAUAAAAAAGAAAAAGCCCAGCAAUUUGAAGGCCAGACGCACAACACGAAUAUAAUGUCACCUACUGAGUCUUUAGAGUAUGAAGGUGAACCAGAAGACUUGCAAAAACCACCAAUUUCCAUUCAGGUUAUGUCCCAAGAUCCAAAAGAAGAAGAAGAGCCAAACAAUGGCACACGGAAAGGGAGUGUGGGAGAGAUUGUCCAAGUAAUACAUGGCGAAGCACAAAAAGACGAUGACAAUGCUGGAAACAUUGAAAAUCAAGUUGGCAUGCUUAGCCUUAAUGAUGAGCAAACACGUGAAAACUUAGAGACUUCUAUUUAUGCAAUGAAUCAUAAGCACAGGGGUUACUGCUUGAUUGUAAGUAACUCAUUGUUCAUGAAAAGCCUACCAAGACAAGGGACACAAAAAGAUGCACAGGACUUGAAGGGUGUGUUUACAUGGCUUGGAUUUGAAGUGGAGACAUUUACAGAACAAACAGCAGACGAUAUAUCGAAACGCCUGGAGGAAUUCUCAAAGAAAGACCAUAGCGACAGAGAUUGUUUUACAUGUUGUAUCUUGACACAUGGAGAAUCUGGAACGGUAAUGGGAACAGACAAUGUAUCUGUACCCAUCAAUGAUGUUAUAGCCAGUUUCAUCCCAACCAAUUGCCCGACACUGGCUGGAAAACCUAAGCUUUUUUUUAUACAAGCAUGUCAAGGGAAACAACCACAGACUGCAUAUCCUAUCCAACCUGAUGCUGCUAUAUCGGUAAAGAAGAAGAAGUACGCUGUAAGCAUUCCAGCAGAUGCAGAUUUAUUAAUAGGCAUGUCAACAGUAGAUGGUCAUUUCUCCUACAGACAUGUGAAAGAAGGAACGUGGUACAUUCAAGCCCUUUGCAAGAACUUGGUAGAAAUGGUUCCAAGUGGUGAAGAUAUUUUGUCCAUUCUUACAAAAGUAAACAGAGAUGUCAGCAGGAAGGAACACCAAGCAGGACGUAUUAAACAAAUGCCUCAACCAUCAUACACUCUACUAAAGAAGCUUAUAUUCCCUGUGCCUUGUAAGCCUUAUAACAAUAUACAAGAUUGAAAUGGCAUACACUGCUUCAGCACCCCACAACAUCACACCAUCCAUGGCAAUUUCUAUUUUUCUUAAUCUCUUUUUUUGUUUUUAUAUUGAGGUAUCAGCAGAAUACAGUCGAAAUAAAAUAUUAUCAGAUGAGCGCUACACACAUGCGUAUAUAUAUGUCAGAAUUACAAACCUAAUUUUAUACUACUGCAAAACCAUGAGUAUAACCAGAAAUAACAGUAUUGAACUGAUAUACAAUGCUGCUAUGAAAACGGUAAAUUAUAUGAUCCAGUCAACACAUCAAUAGUACAGCUAUGAGUAAUGCAUCUGAACCAGACUUGAAUCAUGAAAUAAUAUAAUUAGGCUUAGAUAUCUGAUGUGCGUUUGAUUUGACAUAGACUCAUAGAAAGUGAGAAGCAAGGAAGCAGCCAUGCGAAUUCAAAGAUCAUAGAUUAGAUUCACCAAGGAGCUUUGUAUAACUGGACUCGCAUAUAGAAGAAUAAAAAUUAUACUUUAGACCAUCUAUGAGUAAGGAAAACUAAAAAAAUGUUAAAACAAGCAAUGGAAAGAAAUAGUGUAAACUAAUUCGCUUUAGGCUCAUUAAUUGCAGCAAGUUACAUAUUAACUUGCUUCGAUAGCCGCACAGUGUUAGCUGAUGACUUGACAGGGGCAAGGAUGCCCAAUAACCCAACCUACACUGGCCAAGCCAGAGUCCAGAGAAAGUCCAUGUACACCACCAGUUAUGGUGCUUGGGUGGCAGGUCCCCCGAGUGUGUGGACAGUGCUCCAGUGUA